AGGGAUAGGUGGAUCAGGAAGGCUCCUGGUUGGGCUUUUGCAUCAGGCUCAGGCUGGGCAUAAAGGAGGCUCCUGUGGGCUAGAGGGAGGCAGACAUGGGGACCAUGAAGACCCAAAGGGAUGGCCAUUCCCUGGGGGGGUGGUCACUGAUGCUCCUGCUGCUGGGCCUGCUGAUGCCUCUGGCCAUCGUUGCCCAGGUCCUCAGCUACAAGGAAGCUGUGCUUCGUGCUAUAGAUGGCAUCAACCAGCGGUCCUCGGAUGCCAACCUCUACCGCCUCCUGGACCUGGACCCCAGGCCCACGAUGGAUGGGGACCCAGACACCCCAAAGCCUGUGAGCUUCACAGUGAAGGAGACAGUGUGCCCCAGGACGACACAGCAGUCACCGGAGGAUUGUGACUUCAAGAAGGACGGGCUGGUGAAGCGGUGUGUGGGGACAGUGACCCUCAACCAGGCCAGGGACUCCUUUGACAUCAGUUGUGAUAAGGAUAACAGGAGAUUUGCCCUGCUGGGCAAUUUCUUCCGGAAAGCUAGAGAGAAGAUUGGCAAAGAGUUUAAAAGAAUUGUCCAGAGAAUCAAGGAUUUUUUGCAGCAUCUUGUACCCAGGACAGAGGCCUAGUGUGUGCCCUACCCUGGCUCAGGCUUCUGGGCUCUGAGAAAUAAACUAUGAGAGCAAUUUC